AUGGCUGAGACGCUCUCCACCACCAUGUCCUACACUGAAGACGACUUCUACUGCCCAGUCUGUCAGGAAGUGUUCAAGACCCUGGUGUGGAUUGUGGCCUGUCAGCACAUUUUUUGUAGAAAGUGUUUCCUGACUGCUAUGAGAGAAAGUGGAAUACACUGUCCCCUAUGUCAUGGAAAUGUGACUAGACGAGAGCAAGCAUGUCCUGAACGGGCCUUAGAUAUUGAAAAUGUCAUGAAGAAAUUCUCUGGUAGCUGCAGAUGCUGUGCAAAACAGAUCAAAUUUUAUCACAUGAGACAUCAUUACGAAUCUUGUAAGAAGUAUCAGGAUGAGUAUGGUGUGUCUUCCAUCAUUCCAAACUUUCAGAUCUCUCAAAAUUCAGUAGGGAAUAGUAACAGGAGCGAGACAUCUACGUCUGAUAACACAGAGACCUAUCAAGGAGAUCCAAGUUCUACUGGGCAUCCCACAUUUAAGUGUCCCUUUGUGGUCGCCAUCUGUUAA